AUGCAUCAUAGAUUAACAGUUACAUGCGCACGUCAACUAGCCUUUCAAUUUGCUAAGGCCAACCAUAACAAAUAUCCUAUAAAAUGGGAUGAAAAAUCAAUUUCUGGCUACGAUUGGUAUCGAGGUUUUAGACAUCGCCAUCCCGAGUUAUCGCUGAGGACUCCAGAGUCAACCAGUUUGUCACAACGUUCGAGUUUUAACCGCACAAAUGCUACCAUGUUUUUUAACAAUUUGGAAUCGGCCCUAAAGCGCGUAAAGUUUCAAUCUCAUCAGAUCUGGAACAUUGAUAAGACAGGGCUUACAACUGUACACAAACCAGCCAAUGUCCUGGCAGUGAAGGGUGUUAAACAAGUUGGGAACAUCACGUCUGCUGAACGUGGCUACAUUAUGCUGGAGGGAGAUUCGUCCCGCCGUUUUUCGUCUUUCCAGGGGUACAUUUUAAGGGCUACAUGUUACGUGGCGCUUUUCCAGGAAGUGUUGGAGUUGCUAAUUCCAGUGGACCACUUCAUAAAGCACAGUGGUUGUACCAUGGAAAACAAAGUAUUGCUACCAAUGAAUAACCAUGAGAGCCAUAUUUCUGUUGAGUCGCUGAGGAAAGCAAAAGAAAAUGGAAUUAAACCUGCAACUCCACCACAGUCUUCCUCAAGUGAGGAAGAGGAACAAAGCGAGUUGGGCGGAAGCAGCGAAGAUAUUUCAGAUGUUGAAAGCUAUGAAAGACAAAUGCUUCAGGUUAAAGCUCUUGAGGAUGUCAAGACCCUCAAAGUGGGAGACUUUGUUUUGGUUAAGUUUUACACAAAAACUUUAACUAUGCAUUAUGUGGGUCUGGUAAUAUCAAAGGAAGAUGAUGAAUACAAGCUUUAA